CCUGUAUUGACAUUAAUUGUCGUUUACAAAUGUCAAGUGAAUUCAUUUAUUUUUAUUUACACAUUUCAAAACCAUUUUCGCCCGACCUUUCCAAAUUUUCAGUAAAAACUAAUGCACAAAAAUAAAAAAUGGUUCGAACACAAAUAGGUCCUGGACCAGGAAAAUAUCUGCUACCCCCACUAGUCGGUUACAAAGACCAUGACCCUAGCAAAUACCGCAAUCCUCAGUACUCCAUGGGGUCUAAACUACCUCUGAGUCGCAAAGACCUCGGGCCGGGCCCUAAGUACAACACCGAAUACAUGACAAACUACGGCAAAGCCCACCCUCCUGCGUACUCCCUGGCAUCCAGACCCAACCCAUUAGGCGCAUUUCAGGGGCCGGGGCCUGCAGCUUACGACCUGCAAAAUGCCCCCAGGAUGAAAGAACCGCGACCUCCGGCUUACUCAAUGUCGUCGAGACACCAAGCUGGGAAAGGUUUCGUCACCCCUGGACCUAAUAAUUACGAUAUUCCCACAACUCUGGGGCCUAAAGUGCCCGAUAAGCAUGCAAAUGGGGCUUUCAGCAUGUCAGACAGAUACAAGCAAAGCUCUAAGGAACAAUCCCCCGGCCCUGCGAAAUACGACCCUACUUCUCCCAACUCUUACAAAAAUAAGCCACCUGCUUAUUCCAUGUCAAUAAAACACAAAGCACUACAAGAUAGGGGGACCUACCCCGGCCCUAGUAAUUAUUAUCCCAAACUGCCAGGAAAAGGUGGCUUUUCGUUUGGCUUGAAGACUGAUAAUCCUCCUUAUAUAACACCAGAUGAUGACAUGCCAUGUGUAAACAAAUAAACUAUUUUUUAUAUAAAAGUUUUUAUUCCU